AUGAGCUACUACAUUGCUGUUAACGGAGCAGAGAUUGGUCCUGUGGUUCCAAGUCGGGGUCUCCGGCAGGGGGAUCCCAUUUCUCCCUAUUUAUUCUUAAUUGUUGCUGAAGGACUGUCUUUGUUGAUUCAGGAUAGUGAAAAUAGGGGCCUUUUGCAUGUGUGUUGCGCGAAAGUUGGUUGCCCCCUGGUUUCUCACCUUUUCUUUGCAGAUGAUUCCUUACUAUUUUUUGAUGGUACAAUGGAGGAAGCUAUACGGAUUAAGCAAAUUCUUGGUGUUUAUGAGAAAGCUUCAGGUCAGGCUGUAAAUUUUGAUAAAUCUGGUAUCAUGUUUAGUUCGUGUGUGUCUGAGGAAAACCGGUUGACCAUCUCUGGUAUACUUGAUGUUCAUCUUCCUUUGGGUAGCGGCAGAGAAGUCAUGAUGAAUAAAUUUUGGUGGGGUGGUUGUCGUGAAGAUGGGAGAGGGAUGAAUUGGCUCUCAUGGGAUCGAAUGUGUGGGCGUAAAUCGGAAGGUGGGAUGGGCUUUCGGGAUUUGGCUAGCUUUAAUACUGCCUUAUUGGGAAAGCAAGGUUGGCGUUUGUUGGUUGACACCAAUUCUCUUCUAUAUAGAGUGCUCAAAGCUAAAUAUUUUCCGAAUGGGGAUUUUUUGUCAGCUCGGUUAGGUUCUAACUAUAGCUUCGUUUGGAAGAGUAUUUUGUCUUCUCAACAAGUGUUGCAACGUGGGGUAAGGUGGCGAAUUGGUGAUGGUAAGCAGGUUUUUGUUGUUAAUUGCCCUUGGAUUCCUCGGGAUAUUGGUUUUAUGCCUUUAGAUAAGUCGAUGUUUGUUUCUGAAGCCAUGAGAGUAUGUGAUUUGUUUGUUGAAGGUGAGCUGUGUUGGGAUGUAGAGAAGCUAAUGAAUAUUUUUAGUGUUGCUGAUAUGAGAGCUAUUCUUACUAUUCCAUUGCCUCUAUUCCCAAAACCGGAUAAAUUAAUUUGGCACUUGUAUAAGAAGGGUGUUUACUCAGUUAAAUCUGCCUAUUUUUGUGCCUUAGAAUUGUCAGGAAGGACUGGUAUGCUGGGUUAUAAUGAUGGGUGGAACCGUCUUUGGUCUCUUGAUGUUCCUCCCAAAGUUCGUGAUUUUCUUUGGCGUGCUUGUCGUGGAGUGCUUCCUACUCGGGGUAUUCUUUUGAGGCGUGGGAUACAUGUACCUGCUACAUGUCUUUUUUGUGAUCAUGAUGAAUCUAUUUCACAUGUUUUUUUGCAUUGUCUAAUGGCUGUUGAGUUAUGGAGACUUGUUGGUUUUUCUACUGCUGUUGCUUUUCCUAUAUUCAUGGAUUUCUUUAUUCAUAUUUAUAAUACUUUUGGCAGAGAAAGGACAACACGUAUAGCUAUACAUGCAUGGAAGUUAUGGCAUGCCAGGAAUGAAAGAUUGUGGGUCAAUAAAGUUUUGUCACCUAGUGAGGUUCAUCAUGCUGCUAGUUCCUAUUUUACUGAUUAUGUGGCUUCACUUGUGGCUCGGCCAAGAACGUUAUCCCACCCAUCUGUUCCUCGUGUGCUCCCUUUAGUUGAGGCUACCACUCUUGAAGUUGAUUGGAUUGCAUUCAUUGAUUGUGCAGUCUUUGCUAGUGCUGAUUUGUUCGGUUUUGCAGCAGUAUUUGAGGACUUGGAAGGCUUCUUUUCCAUUGCAAUUUCGGGUUUCUAUGAGGGGGGUGGGCAACCUGUUAUUGCUGAAACUUUGGCCUUGCGUCAAUGUUUAUCUUAUGCUAGAGAUUGUUUUCUUCAGGCUGAUUGUAUUUUUACGGAUAACCAAUCCUUAGCAUUGGCUAUUCGCUCUCCUCUGGAUGACUUUUCGGAGUUUGGAUUAGUUGUUGCUGAUUGCAAGGAUGCUAUGCGGUCUCAUGGUAACAUUUAUGUUCGUUGGGCUACUUUAUGUAAGAAAGAUAAUCCUAUAAGCCUAAAGAACACCUUUAUCAUGACAAUGACUCAAGAUGAGAAACUGAAUGUCUUCUGA